UGCAGUGUGGAGUGAGCGCGCAUUCACAUAUAGAGGUGGAGCGAGACAGCGAGAAUGCACGCGCGCUGUGUGCGCGUGGAGACGAGACUCCAGCCACACGCGAGCGAUCAUAUGCGAGCGCGCAUGUGUCCCGACCCGGUACAUUUAUACGCUUAAAAAGUUACAAACAGUCCCUUUAAGGAAAAAAAAAAAAGAAACAAAAAAAAACGGAAUCUCGGACGGGAGCCAGGUCCCAUCGGUCACUUAAAAGAGCCGGCUCUUUGAACCGACUCGUUCGCGACCGACACAUCCCUAGCUCUCUGGCUCUCUGGACUUCCCAGGAAACUUUUUACCGUUUUCCGUCUUCGCUCAGUCGCUGACCUUAUUUUAAAGAGGAGCGGGACGCUGUAAACGACAUACAUUUACCUGCACCCCCGUGUCUUCCUCCUUGACCUCCUGGAUAAACCGUACCGGUGUGAGAGAGUGAGAGGUGUCUGGAGCAAGGCCACGGAUGACCAAACGGAUUGUUUAUGUCUUUUAGUUACAGUCGCUGCUUUACUUUAUAGAAUCAACACUAAUAAUAAUGAGUGGACAUCCGUCGCAACGGCGGCAAGCUAACGUCUCGUCGAUACUACUGACACCGCAGGAGAAUGAGCACCUUUUCAACUACCUGGGCAGGAAAUGCAUCGCGUUGUCCUCAGCAGUGGUCCAGGUGUACACAGCAGACAGGAACUCCAGCUGGACCAAGAGAUGCUGCGGGGUGGCCUGUCUGGUCAAAGACAACCCAAACCGAUCCUACUUCAUCAGGGUCUUGGACAUCAAGGACGGUAAGAUAAUGUUUGAGCAGGAGCUGUACAACAACUUCACCAUCUACCUCCCCAAAUCUUACUUCAUCACAUUUGCUGGAGAUACAUGCCAAGUGGGUCUGAACUUUGCCAGUGAGGAGGAGGCCAAGCGUUUUAAGAACCAUAUGAAUGAGCUGAUCGGGAGAAGACAGAGGAAAACCGAGAAGAGACGCGACCCUCCAAAUGGCCCGACGUUGCCCAUGGCUACCGUCGACAUCAAGAACCCGGAGAUCAGCAACGUUCAGCGUUACCAUAACAACUCUCAGGUGAACAACAUUGUGCACUCGUCCUUCCAGAAGAGGGAGAAAAAGGGCAAGGCGAAGAAGAAGAGGCUGACCAAGGCGGACAUCGGCACACCGAGCAACUUCCAGCACAUUGGGCACGUAGGAUGGGAUCCAAACACAGGUUUUGAUUUGAAUAACUUGGAUCCAGAGCUGAAGAAUCUGUUUGAUAUGUGCGGCAUCUCUGAGGCUCAGCUGAAGGACAAGGAGACCUCGAAGGUCAUCUACGACUUCAUUGAGAAGAAAGGAGGCGUAGAAGCUGUUAAAAAUGAGCUACGGAGGCAAGAUCCACCCAGGUGGAGUGCUCCUCCGCCGCCUCCAUCCAGAGGCGGCCCUCCUCCUCCUCCCCCACCCCCACACCACGGCUCAGCCCCUCCUCCCCCGCCACCUGCCAGGGGGCGAGGUGCCCCGCCACCUCCUCCCCCCUCCAGAGCGCCCAUCUCCGCGCCCCCUCCUCCCCCUCCAUCCCGACCGGGCAUGUCCGCUCCGCCGCCGCCUCCCCCGCCGAGCCGAGGCUCCCUCCCGCCUCCCCCUCCACCGGCCCACGCCUCAAUUUCUGUGGCGCCUCCCCCGCCGCCUCCUCCUCCCUCAUCCAGUUCCGGAGUGCCGCCUCCUCCCCCUCCUCCUCCCCCGCCUCCCGGCCCUCCACCCCCUGCUCCUAUGCUGCCCACGGAGGCUAACGGAGGAGACGGCGGCUCGACCGGCACCAAGGGGGCGCUGCUGAGUCAGAUCAGAGAAGGCCACAACCUGAAGAAGGUGGAGCAGAAAGAGAGGCCGGUGUCCACCAGCACCGGCAGAGACGCUCUUCUGGACCAAAUCCGGCAAGGAUUCGUACUCAAAGUGAGGGAAGACAGUCCCGAUUCAGGCCCCGCCACCCCGACCCCCUCGGCAGGCAUCGUCGGGGCCCUGAUGGAGGUGAUGCAGAAACGGAGCAAGGCUAUUCACUCUUCAGAUGACGACGAUGACGAUGAAGAUGACGAGGACUUUGAGGAUGAUGAUGAAUGGGAGGACUAGCGAUAUUUUGUUUCUUUUUUUUUUUUUUUUUUUCUCCCCUCCCCGACCCGCGGAUGAUCAUGACACUAAAAUAGUUCUUGUCUUUCUAAAAAGAAAUCUUUCAUUUCUAAAUGUAAAUGUUCUAUCAAUUUGCUGUAUAUUUUUGUUGCCUUUAUGCUUUUUUUAUUAAUCUGUGCAAUACCUCAUUUAAUCUGUAAAUGUUUGUCAUUCUCAUAGUUUAGGUUGUUGUUUCUUUAUCUCCGUCAUGUCCGUCUCUUUUCUGUUGGCUCUCUUUUUCCAUCUCGUCUCUCAGUAGCAAUAUGUCACAUUUUAACUGUUUUUCUGCUUUUUCCAUCUCCCUGCGUCUCUUCUUUCUCCUCCUCUCACCUCCAUCUGUCACUCUUUUUUUUUUUUCAUCCUUCAUAUCACACAUGUUCCCUCCCUGUCACUCUCCCAUGUUCCCAGAUUAACACGUGCAAUUUUACAUCAAGUUGUCUCUUAGAGUUCAAUGUUUUUUUGUUUCUUUUGGUCAGUGAUCGAAGGGAAGGCUUAGUCGUCACGCAUCCUUCAUCAAUCGUGUCUUCAUUGUUCGUCAGGAGGGGGAAAAAUUUACUAUUUUCAUACCCUAUUGCUCUGUAGUUUAUUUUUACUUAUUCAAAUGAACCUAGUUUAGCACUCAUAUUUUCUUAAAAACAAAGAAGAAAAAAAGGAAAAUGCUCUUUUUUUGGAAUAUUUAGCUUCAUUUGCUGUCGACUGUAAAUUUGCUCCAGAGUUUUGAGUCUUGUUAUAUUUUUGCACAGAUUGAAAGAAGAGACUCGCUGCAUGAAUACAGGACAUUUUUCAGGUCUGUAUCAUUAUGGAACAUACAUAUGCUUUAAGUAAUGAGGCACUUGGAUGUUAAGCAUUUUUAACCCACCACACUACAUACAGUACAAGGACGUAGCCCACAGUGUUAUGACUGUCUAUCUGAAUUUUACUUCUUCUUUUUUGUCACUAUUACACUACAGAUUCCGUUGAAAAUGUGCUAUUUUUUCUUUUUUUUUUUUUUUUUACAAUAGCAAGGAGAGUAUUAAUAAAUGCCUGUUUGUUGGAACCAGGUCAUUCAUCAUGUAAAGCUCGAGGAAUAAAGACAUUUUAGUUUUACACACCUGAUGCUUAUAAUGGGUCCAUAUGCUAAGUUACUGUACAGAAACAGCGAGGCUAAAGUAGUGUUUUUCCUGUUGUAGACAGCUUAGGGAGAGAAACACUAUAGAUUCAUGGCAUUAUUCAAUAAGUAUCAAUAUUGUCUUGACUAACUAGUAAAUCAUGAGGUGUAAUAUAGGAAUUUCUUAAUAAAAAAGAAUUUAAAGUGGUCAAUUAUUCCCUACAAAGACCAAAUAGUCACAUGUCGACAUGUAUUUUCAUCCAAACUAAAUAAUAUUUCCCAAUAAUUCUUGCUAUGUGUUUAUUUAAAGGUGGAUUUGUCACAAAGGACACAACUUUAAAUGCCAAAUUAUUACAUCAAUUUUAAAAAGGAUUUAAAAUGAUGCUUCUUUUUGAUAAAAGACAACUGCAAUGGCAUGACUUGACCCGAUUAUUUCUGCAGUUAUGGCCUAAUGUGAAGACUACCUAUGCAUUGCUUGCUAACCAACCAGAGUAUCUCUCUUUAAAGCGAAUUGCUAAUUAGCAGCUACUGCUGCCACAAGUGACAAUUAUGGGAACAUGCUAAAUGCUAAAAUACUAUAACAGUAGCACAAAUGGAGAAAAAUAAUGUCUGCCUUUAAGCAAUAGAACACUAACAUUAGCCCGAAUAUGCUAACUGGUCAUACCAAACCAGAAAAGGCUGUAUAGCAGCAAAACCCCCCUGGGUGUAUUGAAUUGAGCCAAAGUGAAUUUUAUUGCUAAUGAAUUCAACUUUCCAUUUGUACGAGGAAAAUGUGUCAAUUCCUCUUUCAAAAGCUUUAGUCUCACUUUAAAUCUUCGUAUGGAAGAGCCGCUAACUGCUAAACCCCUCAAACAUAAAGCUCGGCCUUCCAGCGUUUCUCUACGGCUGUAAUAUUGCUAUCAUGUUUUGGGUUAUGGGAGAGCUACUACAGAAACCCCUUUACCAGAGUGUAACAAAUAUCCAGACGAAAUAACACUGACAUGUCAAAAUGUGUUUUGUUUCCACUGUUUGCCACUUUGCAGAAGACGAAUGUUGUCGGUGUCCUCUUUAAAUUCUGUCUUUGAGAGAAAUUGCCACUUGUUAUGAUGUAAGAACUGACCUCUUUUGUCGAAUAUCAAGAUACUUUUUUUGGGAGAAAACCUAGCCAUGUUUUACGCUGAUGUUAGCUUCUGUAGGUGACUCGGUUAAUAAGAUGUUAUGGACGCCAAGCCUUUAUCAGUGAGGCUUGACAAAUAAUGAACUCUUACAUUGUACACUCCAAUAAAAGGUUGAUAUUUACAUA